AUUUUUAAUAAAACCAAAAGUUUUAAUGGAUGAAAGCAGGAUUGAAAGAGCUACAACUCCAUAUCCUUAUGAAGAUAUUAUAAAAGAGGGGGAACUAUUUGAAGAUCCUCAUUUUGGACCUUGCCAAGAAUCCCUUUUUAAUGAAUUGGAAUGUAAAAUGGAUCCAAAAAUAAAAAAGUUAUGGUCAAAAUUUGAAUGGAAAAGAGCAAGCUUAAUCUACAAAGAUGGGUUUAAAGUUUUCGACAACAAGCCAAUAACUCCUCUCGACUUGAAGCAAGGCUUACUUGGGACAUGAUACUUUGUCUCAUCAAUCGCAUCUGCUGCCUCUAACUUUACAAGAAUCACUGAACUCUUUGUCAUCAAGAAACCAAACAAGUCAGGAAUAUAUGCAGUUAGAUUCAUUAUCAACGGAAAGUACCAAAUCGUCACAGUUGAUGAUUAUUUUCCUGUGGACCCCAAAAGCCAACUACCAGCAUUCAGUCGUUCGACCAAGAACUUGAUCUGGCCUUUGGUCUUGGAGAAGGCCUGGGCCAAGCUAAAUGGAAGUUUUGAGAACAUAAUGCAAGGAUAUCCACAGGAUGUGCUCUCGUUCAUAAUGCCAGGACUAUCUAAAGUUAUUAAUUUGAGAAGAGAGGAUAAUAAUCAUGAGCUUUGGAAGAUAUUAAUCCAGGCACUUUACAAGAACCACAUCAUCUGAGGCAUCACUUACAAGGCAAUAAAAGGUGUAGAUUUGAAGCUAAAGGGUCUUGUCCCCAAUCACUGAUACAGUGUAAUAGGAUGCACCCAUUUCACUGUGAAGCGCACAGAGCAUCGUCUGGUAAGACUUUACAAUCCGUGGGGGACUCUAGAAUGGAAGGGGCAUUGGAGCAAAACCGACAAGAGAUGGACAAAGUCUCUUCUUAAUAGUUCACAAUGAGAUAUCUUAACUCCAGGAUGAUUUUACAUUCCUUUUGAAUACUUUCUGAAGUACUUUAAAGUUGUUACCAUCACUGAGAAUGAGCCAGAGUAUAAGUUCCAGAGCUUAACAUUGACAAAUAAUGGGGAUUUUUCAGCUUUUAUAUUAGAUUUGCAUGAAAAUAGCUAUCUAUAUCUGUCUGUAAACCAAAUAAACCAGAGGUUACUCCAAGAGGAGUGCAAAUAAAGCUGAGUCUUCCGUCUGAAACAUAAUGAUUGCUAGAAUAAACCCUUCUAAAGACUCACUCAUCUAUGUUGAUGGCAAGUUCUCUCAAGAAAGAGAGCUUGUCUGGAAUUCUCAGAGGCGUCUCCAGAAAGGCAAAUAUUUGGUCUACGCUGAAAUUGAGUGGAGCGAGGAAACCAAGUGCAUUGAUUACUACUCCUCAUGAUAUUCGGAGAACAAGGUGAUCAUGGAAGAUGUCACUGGUUCUUACAAGAAGAAGGAUCUUUUGGAGAAAAUGCUAAUUGCUUGUGCACAGAAGAAGACCAAACCUUAUGAGUAUUCCAAAGAAGCCUCUUCUGAAGAACCUGGACUUAAAAUUGAUCUCAAGAGAGCGAUGUCAGUUGAGGACACUGGAUGCGAUUAUGGCUAUAUCUUUUACACAAAUGACACUCCAUCCUCUGUUCUAAGCGAAGAGCUAAAUUUCGGCUCCAUGGCCGGUUAUGUAGUUGAUGAUGAAGAAGAUACUCCCAAAAUUAACAUUGAUCUUGAGCCAGGAAAGCAAAAGUUGGUGCUAUUGAAAAGAAACUCAGAUAGGCCUAUGCUUUCGGUUGGUUUUAAAAGCAAGAUAUCUUAUGAUACAGAAGACCUGAUCAAAAAUAUCAAAACUAAAGGCAAAAAGCAUCAAGUCAAGACCGACUGAGAAGAAUUUGAAAUUUACUUCUAUGUUCUCGAGCAUCCCAAAGGGUACAUAUUCCAAUACGAGAACAAUGAAAAGACUCUUGAGUUUGAAGCAGCUUUUGAUUUCAAAUUAAAGAACUUGAAAAUAGUCGAACAAGCAAGAAAAGAGAAAUUGAAGCAACGAAAAGAAUGGGGUCGAAAUAACGCAUCUUCAACCUGGAAAGUUUUCUUGAAGCCAGGCUGCAAAGUUAUUAAGAAGCUAGAAAUAAUUAAUGACUAUGAUGCUGUAGCUUAUAAACAAAAUUACAAAUUCAAAACGAUAGACACUACACCACAGAAAGUCUUCUCAAAUGCAUCCUUGAAGACUUCUAUCAAGAAACGGGGCCAAAAAUACCCUCUUGUUGAUGAAGCUAAAAUUGACUAUUAUGUUUAUAACGAAAUCAAAGGGAGCUACUAUUUCAUGUUCACCAAUAGUGGAAUAAAAACACUUGAGUGAGAUGCCCAGUUCGAACUUGAGAAUAUUAAGCUGGUUGACUCUGAUGGGCCAGAAAAUACUUGGAAGUUCUCUUUGAAGCCAGGCCAGUGUCUGAUCAAACAGGCUCUGAAGAUUAUUCAGAGAGAUAAAUGAAGCCUGUGUCCCUCGUUCACGUAUAAGUUGUCAUAAAUUUAUAACCCAA